CUUCUUUUUUAUCGUGUCGGCAACUUUCUCAAAAUCGUUAUCCUUUUUAUAUUGCAGAACCGGCGGUGGCAGUAUGCUGGGUGACGUCAACAUCUCCGCGAUAUUGGACUCGUUCUCCGUCAGUUACGAUAAAAGAGUAAGGCCGAACUACGGAGGUCCACCAGUGGAGGUCGGCGUCACCAUGUAUGUCCUCAGCAUCAGCUCCGUGUCCGAAGUGUUGAUGGACUUCACGCUGGAUUUUUACUUCCGGCAAUUCUGGACGGACCCGCGACUCGCGUUCAAGAAACGACCGGGCGUCGAGACGCUGAGCGUCGGCUCGGAGUUCAUCAAGAACAUCUGGGUACCGGACACCUUCUUCGUCAACGAGAAGCAGUCGUAUUUUCACAUCGCUACCACCAGCAACGAAUUCAUUCGUAUUCAUCACUCCGGAAGCAUCACGCGUAGUAUACGUUUAACGAUCACGGCAUCGUGUCCAAUGAAUCUGCAAUACUUUCCGAUGGACCGACAGCUCUGCCAUAUCGAGAUCGAGAGCUUCGGAUACACGAUGAGGGACAUCCGGUACAAGUGGAACGAGGGACCGAACAGCGUCGGUGUCAGCAACGAGGUCUCCCUCCCUCAGUUCAAGGUCCUCGGUCAUCGUCAACGGGCCAUGGAGAUUAGUCUCACUACCGGAAAUUAUUCGCGGCUGGCCUGCGAGAUCCAGUUCGUACGGUCCAUGGGCUACUACCUGAUUCAAAUCUACAUUCCCUCGGGCUUGAUCGUCAUUAUCUCGUGGGUGAGCUUUUGGCUGAAUCGAAACGCGACACCGGCUCGAGUCGCCUUAGGAGUCACCACUGUGCUCACCAUGACCACCCUUAUGUCGUCCACGAACGCGGCGUUACCGAAAAUCUCUUACGUCAAGUCCAUCGACGUUUACCUGGGGACGUGUUUCGUCAUGGUGUUCGCAUCGUUGCUCGAAUACGCGACGGUGGGCUACAUGGCAAAGAGGAUUCAAAUGAGGAAGAACCGUUUCCAAAAGAUAGCAGAAAGUAUGAAGACAGCGAGAGAGAAUCCAGGACCACCCGGAGUACCCGGUGAUCACGGAGACCACGCGCCUAAGCAAACUGAGGUGCGGUUCAAGGUGCACGACCCGAAGGCACACAGCAAAGGUGGAACACUCGAGAACACCAUAAAUGGACGUGCUGACGAAGAAGCAGCGCCCGCCAAAGGUGGAACACUCGAGAACACCAUAAAUGGACGUGCUGACGAAGAAGCAGCGCCCGCGCCACAACAUCUCAUUCAUCCUGGCAAGGAUAUCAGCAAACUUUACGGUAUGACGCCAUCGGACAUCGACAAAUACUCCCGCAUCGUGUUCCCGGUGUGUUUCGUCUGUUUCAACCUGAUGUACUGGAUCAUCUACCUGCACAUCAGCGACGUGGUGGCGGACGAUUUGGUGCUUCUCGAGGAGGCCAAGUAAACGCGAACAAACGGUU